AUGACAUCCACCUUCGACCAACAGCUCCAGCACGUGACCAAGAAAGGAGACGCCCUCUUACACGGUAUCUUGAUCGAAUGUGUCGACAAGACUGGCAAAGUCGUCUACAGCAAGAAAGCCGGCUACUCCUUCCUAGACGCCGACGCUCCAGAAAUCCGCGAAGACGCCGUCCUCAAAAUCGCCAGCGCCACCAAGUUCAUCACCAGCAUCGCACUCCUUCAAUGCAUCGAGCGCGGCCAACUCACCCUAGACGCACCACUCACCAAAAUCCUCCCCGAGCUCGAGAACAAACCCAUCAUCAAGGAAGACAAAAUCGCAGAAAACGGCUACACCCCUACACCCAGCAAAACUCCCAUCACAGCCCGCCACCUCCUCACCCACACCAGCGGCCUAGCCUACUACUUCCUCCACCCCCUCCUAGCCCAAUGGCGCGGAAAAGAAAGCCACCAUACCGGCUCCAACCUCCUCACAGAACGCUACAACAACCCCCUCCUCUUCGAGCCCGGUCAGGGCUGGUUCUACGGCGGCUCCCUCGAUUGGCCUGGUGUAGUAAUUUCCCGCCUCAACAACAACAACAUAUCCCUCGAAUCCUACUUCAUCGAACACAUCUUCAAACCUCUAGGCCGUCAAGCCCCCUUCCCAACCUUCCACAUCUCCAGCCAUCCAGAGUACGCGCCGCGCCUUUUACAAGCUACCGAACGCACGUCCGACGGGAAACUGAGACCCACCACCUUCACCUUCGGCGACAACCCACAGGGUUGCGAAGGCGGAGGCGGCCUAGCCUGCACCAUGGACGACUAUGCCCCCAUCCUCGCCGACCUCAUCAGCCCCACUCCCGUCCUCCUCUUCCCCUCCACUAUAGACCUCCUCUUCACCCCGCAACUGGGCGCACACGGAAUCUCCGCCUCGCUCUCGCUCCCGAUGCUCUACGCGCUCAAGCCAGCCUGGGAAAUGGUCGCGGGCCCCAUCAAGGAGAACGAAAGUGUCAAUCACGGGCUAGGAGGAGCUCUACUGCAGGGGGCUGUUCCGGAGAUACAUCAGCCUGCGAAUGUGUUGUGUUGGGGUGGCGCGAGUAAUAUUGCGUGGUUUGUUUGUAUGCAACAGGGCUUUGCGGGGGUUCUUGGGACGCAGAUUGUGCCGUUUGCGAAUAAGGAGUGCAAGGAGGUUGUUAAUGGGUGGAAGAAGGAUUUUUGGGUAGCGAGUGAUGGAAUCUAG